AUGGCACCGACAAGAGGCCAGAUUGAGACGCCUGGAGAGGCCGUCGCGAGAAUCGCCUACCUUUCCAGCGAUGUCGUCGUCUCCGUCCAGCCUUCACUGGCUAAGGACUCCGAGUUCUCUUCCCACCUGAAGCGCUACGUCGCUCGCGGCGACAAGAGCCUCGUCGCAAAGAACGCCGUGCCAGAGGUCCAGCACGUCAGGCACAACGCCGACCCCCUCCUCUCCGUCUUCACUCCCACCCGCGCCGGCAAGCUCGUCGCCGUCACGACAUCCUCCACCGUCCUCCUCCCGGCCAUCGCACACCUCUACAAGCUGGCCAACUACCCCGUCGUCCUCCACGUCGCCCUCCAGCCCGCCGGCUUCCCCGACUUCUCCAGCAUCACAGCCAUCCGCAAUUCGGGAUGGACGUUCCUGCAGUCAGAGUCUCUGCAGGAGGCCCAGGAUAUGGCCCUGACGGCCCACGCCCUGGCGCUGCGCUCCGGCAAGGGCGUGAUUCACUUCUUCGCCUCUGCCUCCAGCGACGAGGACGCCGCCAUUGAGGCCGAAGACCCCGACUUCGUGCGAGAGAUUCUCGACGUUGAUGCUGCCAGGCGGUUCCAGCAGACCAACGGCACGGAAGCGGCUGUCGGCAUCUACGCCGAUGACGGCCGACUGCCGGUCGCGUCAGACCGUCCCGACGUGCCGCCGACCGGCUCCUCCACUCUGGGUGGUCUGAGCUCUUCCGAACUCGCUUCGUCCGUGCACUCCAAGCUGGCGGACUCGUCCCGCGCCUCGGUCCAGUCUUCCGCCGAGCACAGCGUCACCGAAAGCCCCCCGUCCGUCGUCUCCUCCAACGCCACCACCAUUGAGUCGGCCCUGCCCGUCGUCUCCUCCGAGGACAUCCUCAAGUACGCCAACGGCAUCUGGGCCCAGAUCCACCGCGCCACCGGCCGCGAGUACAAGGCCUUCUUCUACGCCGGCCCUUCCAACGCCGAGAACUGCCUGUUCGUCUUCGGCUCCGGCGCCUACUUCUUUGGCGAUGUCAUCGACCAGGCCCGCCGCGGCGGCGACUUCUCCAAGGUCGGCAUCAUCACCCCGAGACUGUACCGCCCGUGGUUGAGCUCUGCCCUCGUCGACACCCUGCCCAAGUCCGUCAAGCGCAUUGCCGUUCUCGAGCAGAUCCACCGCAAGACCACGAAAUGGGGCCCCGUCCUCAUUGACGUUCUCACGAGCGUGAAGAGCGGCUUCGGUGGCGUCCAGACCGUCGUCGGCUACCAGCUGGGCUACAUCGACCCCAAGACCGUCAUCCAGGCCCUGCGCGGCGUCCUCCAGAACCUGAACCUCGAGACCCCCGUCCAGAACCUCGAGGUCGGCCGCAAGGAGGUGCCCCAGGAGGCUCUCGAGUACGGCCUCGAGAAGCCCAAGGUCGAGACCUCAUACACCAAGAUCCUCGACCAGCUGUUCGGCCAGCGCGCCUACGUCGCCAACGCGCUCAAGUCCAGCAACGCCGGCAUCAACGCCUCCAUCCAGGCCAGCCCCGAGUUCGGCUUCGGUUCCCUGCUGGCCCGCAAGGAGCGCCGCGGCCGCUUCGUCAACGAGGUUAAGGAGGCUGCCAGCAGCAACCAGUUCGUGACCGAGUCUCCCAAGAGCUGGCUCGCCCGCUGGGCUGCCAACGCCGACGAUGCCAAGAAGGCCAGCGAGAUCGCCGACGACCUGAUCCCCCGCCUCGAGACCGACGGCUCCUCCAUUGCACGCAACCUGCUUUCCAGCAAGCGCCUCUUCCGCAAGGAGUCUCUGUGGCUUGUGGGCUCUGAUGCCUGGGCUUACGAUCUCGGCAACUCUGGUGUGCACCACGUCCUGGCCUCGGGCGAGAACGUCAACAUGCUCAUCAUCGACUCGACUCCCUACUCGGAGCGUGCCGCUGCUGAUGCCAACCGCCGCAAGAAGGACAUUGGUCUGUACGCCAUGAACUUUGGCAACGCCUACGUCGCCUCCACCGCCGUCUACGGUUCCUACACUCAGGUCCUGCAGGCCAUGCUCGAGGCUGACCAGUACGAUGGUCCCUCCGUCAUCUUGGCCUACCUCCCGUACAACGGAGAGGCUGACUCGCCCCUGACUGUCCUCCAGGAGACCAAGAAGGCCAUUGACGUCGGCUACUGGCCCCUGUACCGCUGGAACCCCGCCAACGAGGCCAAGGGCGAGCCCCUCUUCUCUCUCGACUCUGAGCGCAUCAAGAGCGAGCUCAAGGCCUUCCUCGACCGCGACAACCAGCUGACCCAGAUCAUGAAGAAGGACCCCGUCUUCGCCGCCAACCUGUCCCAGGACUUCGGCACCGAGGUCAGGGCCCAGCAGAAGCGCAAGGCCAAGGACGCCUACAACCAGCUGCUCGAGGGUCUCUUCGGCGCUCCUCUGACCGUCCUGUAUGCCUCUGACAACGGCAACGCCGGCACCGUCGCCAAGCGCCUCGGCAACCGCGGCAAGGCCCGUGGCCUGAAGACCACCGUCAUGGUUAUGGAGGACUACCCCAUCGAGGACCUCCCCUCUGAGGAGAACAUCAUCUUCGUCUCCUCCACCGCUGGCCAGGGUGAGUUCCCCCAGAACGGUCGCCCCCUCUGGGAUGCCCUGAAGGACAACACCGAGCUGGACCUCUCCAACGUCAACUACUCUGUCUUCGGUCUCGGUGACCGUCACUACUGGCCCCGCAAGGAGGACAAGAUCUACUACAACAAGCCCGCCAAGGACUUGGACCGCGUCCUCUCCAACCUGGGCGGCAAGCGCCUCGCCGACACCGGUCUCGGUGACGACCAGGACCCCGACGGCUACCAGACCGGCUACAACGAGUGGGAGCCCAAGAUCUGGGCCGCGCUCGGCGUCGACAACGUCGACGGCCUCCCCGAGGAGCCCGCGCCCCUGACCAACGAGGACAUGAAGAUCCAGUCCAACUACCUCCGCGGCACCAUCGUCGAGGGUCUCAACGACACCUCCACCGGCGCCAUCUCCGCCUCCGACCAGCAGCUGACCAAGUUCCACGGCACCUACAUGCAGGACGACCGUGACGUGCGUGACGAGCGUAAGGCCAUGGGUCUCGAGCCCGCGUACUCCUUCAUGAUCCGUUGCCGUCUGCCCGGUGGUAUCUCCACGCCGCUGCAGUGGAUCCAGAUGGACGACAUCGCCAACGAGCUCGGCAACGAGACCAUGAAGCUCACCACCCGCCAGACCUUCCAGUUCCACGGCGUCGUGAAGGGCAAGCUCCGCCCCGCCAUGCAGGCCAUCAACCGCGCGCUCAUGACCACCAUCGCCGCCUGCGGCGACGUCAACCGCAACGUCAUGUGCUCCUCCCUGCCGAACCAGUCCGCCUACCACCGCGAGGUCUGGGCCUACUCCAAGAUCAUCUCGGACCACCUCCUGCCCUCCACCUCGGCCUACCACGAGAUCUGGCUCGCCGACGAGAACGACAAGAAGACACAGGUCGCCGGCGACGCCGUCCAGGACUUCGAGCCCCUCUACGGCCCCACGUACCUGCCCCGCAAGUUCAAGAUCACCAUCGCCAUCCCGCCCCACAACGACACCGACGUCUACGCCCACGACAUCGGCCUCAUCGCCAUCAAGGGCGCCGACGGCAAGCUCGCGGGCUUCAACCUCAUCGCCGGCGGCGGCAUGGGCGCCACGCACAACAACAAGAAGACGUACCCCCAGAUCGGCCGCAUGUUCGGCUUCGUCUCGACGGACCAGGUCCACAUCGCCUGCGAGAAGAUCAUGCUCGUCCAGCGCGACUUCGGCGACCGCAAGAACCGCAAGCACGCGCGUCUCAAGUACACCAUCGACGACAUGGGCCUCGACGUCUUCCGCGGCAAGGUCGAGGAGCUCUGGGGCCACAAGUUCGAGCCCGAGCGCCCCUUCCACUUCCAGAGCAACGUCGACACGUUCGGCUGGCAGAAGGACGAGUUCGGCCUCAACCACUUCACGUUCUUCAUCGAGAACGGCCGCAUCGAGGACACGCCCGAGUUCCAGAUGAAGACGGGCCUGCGCGAGAUUGCCAAGGUGCACAAGGGCGAGUUCCGCCUGACGGGCAACCAGCACCUGAUCCUCAGCAACGUGGCCGACGAAGACAUGGACGGGCUCAAGGCGCUGAUGAAGCAGUACAAGCUGGACAACGUGCAGUUCUCGGCGCUGCGGCUGUCGUCGUCGGCGUGCGUGGCGUUCCCGACGUGCGGCCUCGCGAUGGCCGAGUCGGAGCGCUACCUGCCGGUGCUCAUCAGCAAGCUCGAGGACUGCCUCGAGGAGAACGGGCUGCGCCAGGACUCGAUCGUGAUGCGCAUGACGGGCUGCCCCAACGGCUGCGCGCGCCCGUGGCUGGCCGAGGUCGCCUUCGUCGGCAAGGCGUACGGCGCGUACAACAUGUACCUCGGCGGCGGAUACCACGGCCAGCGCCUGAACAAGCUGUACCGCCAGAGCAUCAAGGAGGACGAGAUCCUCGCCAUCAUGAAGCCGCUGCUGAAGAGGUACGCGCUCGAGAGGGAGCAGGGCGAGAGGUUUGGCGACUUCUGCGUGAGGGCUGGUGUUAUUCGCGCGACGAAGGAGGGACGGGACUUCCACGAGGGCGUCCCUGACGAGGAUGAGGAGUAA